AUGCCCAGCUUCGAGCCGGGCCCGAGACCCAGCUUGGGCUUCCUGCAGCCCCGGGGCUGGCUGUCCGCCUUCUCGCUCCCGCUCUCUAGCGCCUCCGGGCGCUUUUGCCACCCCGCACCCCGGGAUUACCAGCCCUGGGGCGGCUACUUCGAAAAAGCCCUGGAAGAGAUUCUUCGGCAGAAGAGAUUAAGUGAGAGGGAGAAAAUCGGAGAAGUAGGGGCACCUGAAGUUUGGGGACUUUCUCCAAAAUCUGCUGAGAUUGAUUCAGAUGAGCUGACCCCCGAAGAGGAAAAGAAAAAAACUAAGGAAAUUGCUGCUCCUGGUUCAGAAGAGGGAAAGAAGAAGAGAAAGAAGAAGUCUAGUCACUCCAAGGAAAGAGCUAAGAAAAAGAAAAAGAAGUCAGUCAAAAAAGAGAGCGAGCAUUUUGAAGACAGUGACAAUGACUUUGAGUCCAAUUCAAAGGGGAAAGGGAAAUCAAAGAAAGACAAGAAGUCCAAGAAAAGCAAGAAGAAGAAGGAAAGAAAGAACAAAAAUGGCAGGUCAAAGAAGUGUAAGCAGAAGAAAAGAUCACCUCAGUUGAGCAACCGAGACUCGGAUGAAGAAUUUCAAGACAAUCCCUGGCUGGAGAAACCAUCAAACGAUGCCCAAAGUCAGGAAUUGAUUGGACCAGAAGCUCCCAAAGUAUAUUCUGCUCCAGAUGACAAGCCUUUGAACUACGGUCAUGCUCUGUUGCCUGGCGAAGGGGCAGCCAUGGCUGAAUAUGUGAAAGCCGGAAAGCGGAUCCCUCGGAGAGGAGAAAUUGGCCUGACCAGUAAAGAGAUUGAAACAUUUGAAUGCUCAGGCUAUGUCAUGAGUGGGAGCAGACACCGCCGAAUGGAGGCCGUGCGUCUCCGGAAAGAAAACCAGAUCUACAGUGCUGAUGAGAAGCGAGCCCUGGAGUCAUUCAACCAAGAAGAGAGACGGAAGAGGGAAAACAAGAUUCUAGCCAACUUCAGAGAAAUUGUCUAUAGAAAGACAAGAGGGAAUGAGGAAGACUAA